AUGAAGGAGUUUAGAAGUAGGAGAGCUUUCACGGCGUUGGCCCUCUUCUUGUUGGUGGCAGGAGCCAUGUUGCUUUUGGUAUCGGAACAUCGGGUGUCCAACCACAACAAAAGCACCGAGCCCAACCGUCUAGUAGGUCGCCAAUUGGGAGCAUUUGGCUCGGUAGAUCGCGACGGAGAUCGGGCAGAUGGUGGGAGUACUGUUACUGUUGUUAUACCCACCUCGUUGGGAUCAGUGAGAUAUGUGGGAAACAACGGUGUCUUUUAUUCUCGAUAUCCCAUGGGACCCUGUAUGGGAGAUUGUGACUCGGACGUCAUGUCCUUAUGUAUCAUGACUGGCAUGACAGAGGACUGUGCCGAGGGAUUGUAUUGUUACGAUAGAGCCGCCAAUGAUCCAGUUCCGUUUUGUGAUGGUGGAGAAUUCCAAGCUAUAGGCUAUGAUGUGUGUGCUUGGAAUACCAGCCUCCCCCAACCAGCAUCUCUGCCACAGCUCCCAGUAGGUGCCUUUCAUAUCAAGCUCUACUGGGAAGAAGGAUAUUAUUGGCAGAAUGAAACCUUGGACCGAGAGUGGUGCAUGAUCAGUAACUUUGAUGGGUAUCCGGGGAGUGGAGUAUGCUGGUAUGGACUGGAAGAAAGCAACUGUACUGCCUCCCAACUCUACAUUGGCAAAUGCUUGUUGGGAGAUGAACGACAAUGGUUCACCUUUGAAAACUUGGGGUCCACGUACAGUGGAAGCGACGAUCACACUGAAGUGCUCAUCAAAACAUUGGACAAUCGAUGCUUGUACCGACAUGCCAGUGACGUUUAUCUCGCUCCAUACUGUGACCCAGAGGACCCCCUACAACGGUUCUUUGCUCUCAAUGGUACUCUUCCUCUCAACGGGCCGGAACCAGGGAACAAAUUUGAGAUUGGACAGUAUCAGGGAUACACACUGGACAACUGCCUGACGAAUGCUCAUCACCCCAAGAGCGGUGAGGUCAUUGAAUUCCACGUCUGCGAACAUGCGAGAGCUCAUGAUGAUCAAACAAGUUACUGGGAACUGCUGCAGUUUCCCAGUUUUGUGGGAUCGCUGUCCAAUGUGGCUAGGAGAAGAUCUGGCAAUGGUUUCGGUGUGCUGGAAAGCAACAACGACGGUGGUGGUUUUCCCUAA